AUGUGUGUAACGACUGAACGGACGUUUGACAUUUCAUAUGCGGUUGUUGUUGCUGUUGAUAGCGAAGAUGAUGAUGGUGAUGUUGGUGAUGUUGGUGGUGAUGAUAAUGAUGGUGGUGGUGGUGGUGAUGGUGACGACGGUGGUCAGAUUUUGGGCGGAGACUUUGAAACUUUUCAAUCUAUAGAGAGUUGUGAAACUGUUGCGAAGAUAGCCACAAAAUUUCACAGUAGUUAUUGGUACUGUCGGAAGAAAAUCAAAGAUGUUUCAUGUUUAUUCCUCUUGAACAUCUUUAUUUGGGUGGCUCUUGGUCUGAUGGAAUUAACUUUCUUGGAAAACUUACAGUUAUUUGCUGCGGUAUUAUUAGUCAUGGACUAG